AUGGGGUCAUAUAAUAAUAAUACGAUAAAGUGCGUGGUGGUGGGAGAUGGUGCGGUUGGUAAGACGUGCCUUUUAAUCUCUUACACCAGUAAUCAGUUCCCAGAAGACUACGUUCCCACCGUGUUUGAUAAUUAUGCUGUGACUGUGAUGAUUGGAGAUGAGCCUUACACCUUUGGCCUCUUCGAUACUGCCGGCCAGGAAGAUUAUGAUCGUUUAAGACCUCUAUCUUAUCCACAAACAGACAUUUUUUUGAUUUGCUUCUCCGUCGUUGUGCCCUCAUCCUUUGAUAACGUUAAGGAGAAGUGGUACCCAGAGAUUAGCCAUCAUGCUCCUCAUGUUCCUUGCAUAAUAGUGGGUACCCAGAUAGAUCUCAGAGAUGACCCUACUGCAUUGGCAAACCUAUCUAGGCAACAUCAGAAGCCGAUCACUUAUCAGCAGGGAGAGAAGUUGGCUAAGGAGUUGAAAGCUGUCAAAUAUGACGAGUGCUCUGCUCUCACGCAGGUCGGUUUGAAGAGCUUGUUUGACGAUGCUAUUGUGGCUGCUUUAGAGCCUCCUGUCAUCAAAAAGAAUAAGAAGUGUACAAUUCUAUGA